AUGUGGCCACACAAAAAAAAUGUAUACGCAAAGCGCGCGCCGCAACUGCGCGCGCCGACUGUACCUGCGCCCGCGACGAGGCGGGCGGCGCGCCGCGAGGUCAGCGGUCCGAUCGCCCCGCGGCCAGUGACGCGCCUAACUGUACCGUCGAUGUUUCCGACGCGGUCCACAUUUCGUAAGGGGACCGGCGCGGCAUGCAGUACGCCGCACCCAGCGACGUACCGAAUUCGGCGCGACAAAGCCCUAGACGGGGCGCGCGCACGCAUGCAGCGCGUGACGCGCGGUGACCGCCUGUCACAGUCUGAACGAUUAGCAAACGAACUUUCUAGAAUCAUCGGCCCG